UCGGCUUCUCCCCCUCGGCACCUCUCGAGCUCUACCUUUCUUCGUAUUCCCUCCCUCCCCAACGCCGCCAUGCCUCUCGUCGAUCUCGCCACAAACGUCUCGGUUCCCGACGUCAAGGCGCUCAGCCUCGAGCUCUCCAAGGCCGCCAGCCAGAUCCUUGGCAAACCCGAAGCCUUUGUUGGUGUGCGCAUCCAGGCCGGCGAGGUGUUGAGCUUUGGCGGCUCGCACGAGCCUGCCUAUAUGUUGUCGGCUACCGACCUCAACACCACUCGCGAGAUCAACGAGGCACGCAGCAAGGCGCUUUCGGAAUGGCUCACCGAGAAGCUCGGCCUGCCCAAUGACCGCGGGCUCAUCGCCUUCAUCGACCCCGGCGCUAACAACCUUGGCUUCAAGGGCACCAGCAUCGCGACCUUCUUCGAGAGCUUGCGGAAGUAGAUGCGAAGAGCAUGAACGCAAAGAUGUAAACUACGACAAGACCCUGUAUUAAAUCCCCCUCGUCCUUAGCCUGAUCGUCCGUGC